AUGGGGAGAAAAUGGCUGAAAACCGCGAAACGGGCGAAACAGGCGGAACCAGGCGAGUCCAGACGGUCCGGCGAGCGGCGUCUUCGGGUGGCCGUACGGGACGACCGGAGAAUCGUUCCGGCGAUCUGUGAGGUGCUCCGGAACGGGCUGGAUGUCGUCUUCGCGGCGAUGGGUGGCUCGUUCGCUGAUUCAACCGGGAAGUUAACGUUUUACUCGGAUCUUUGGCGAAAGAUUGUGGGGCGGAAUUGUGUGGCACGGGAGGAAAUUGAGGCAAAGUUUGUUCAGUUAGCAUGCAAAAGUUUUGAAUUAUUGAAAGUCGAAGAGGAACUUCGAUCCUUGUUAUUUGUCACUGAAGAUGACCUGGUUUUAGUUGUUGGUUACCAAAUCUAUAUGGCAACUGUAAUGGAUGCGUCAGUUGAGGAGCCGAAUAUGGAGAACAUAAUCGUGGUACAGAAGUUUUCUAAGGUACUUCCUGAAGAAUUGCCAGGGACAAGUGGCGCGGACGUGCGGAGGCUUGGACGUCGCUCAGUUGAGUUCAAUGGAGCUGAAGACACGCGGCCACAAGGUCAACAAACUGCCUGUGAAGAAUCGAGGUUGACUCCCUCCGUUCCCGCGGCUUCUCUGUUGGUGGGGCGUGAGUGGCCGACCAAACUCGGUGGAAUCGUGGGCUUCAAGCGGUCAACCAAGGCUUCGGUGGUGGUGGACGAGAGUUGGCGCGGCUUCCUCGAUGCUGGCUUCGAGCGGUGGAACGGAGUGAUGGACGAAGCAGAGUUGAGGAAGGCUCUCGAGUUGGAGAUCGCCAUCCCAGUCUGUGCCGUCAUCGGGAUUGCGUUCUCCCUGGCGCUGUGGCUCCUCAGGUUGCCCAAUGACAAAAAGCAACGCUUAACCGCCACGCAGGAAGCUGCGAAAACCAAUUGUGAUAACAUAACGACUGUUGUCGAUGCAGAGAGGGCUCAAUUAUUGUUUGUGACUGUAACAGGCGUGAAAUCUUUUCUGUACAAGGAGUACCAGUACGUUGGACCUUUCGUGGGUGCUUUUGCAAUUCUAAUCUUCCUCUGCCUUGGCUCUGUUGAGAGAUUCAGCACCCAAAGCCGGCCCUGCAAGUUUGAUCCUUCAAACACGUGCAAGCCUGCACUUGCCACUGCCGUUACCAGUACUGUUUCAUUCCUACUUGGUGCUUUCACGUCAGUUGUCUCGGGUUUCCUUGGCACGAAAAUUGCUAUCUAUGCUAACACAAGGACUGCCUUGGAAGAGACAAACUUCUUUCAGAGAACUUCUAUUGUUGCUUCCAGGUCUGGUGCAGUUAUGGGAUUUCUUCUUGCUGCUAUCGGUCUUCUCAUGCUCUAUCUUGCAAUCUAUCUGUUCAAGUUGUACUAUGGUAAUGACUGGGAAGGUCUUUUUGAGGCGAUUAAUGGUUAUGGUCUUGGUGGAUCUUUCAUGGCUCUCUUUGGAAGAGCCGUUGGUGGAAUUAAUGCCAAGGCUGCUGAUGUUUGUCAUCAUCUAGUUCAAAAGAUUGAGCCAAAUAUCCAACCUGAUGAUAGAAACCCAGCUGUGAUUCCUAAUUAUGUUGGUGAUAUUCUUGAGAAUGUUGCUGGUAUGGGGCCUGAUCUUUUUGCCUCUUACGCUGAAUCAUCCUGCGCUGCCCUUGUUGUUGCUUCCAUCUCUUCUUUUGGAAUUGAUCACGACUUCACUGCUAUGUGUUAUCCCCUGCUUAUCAGCUCUAUGGGCAUUCUUGUUUGCUUGAUCACAACUCUCAUGGGGGAAAUCAUGCCUGGAUUGAAUACGCAACUUAUUAUUUCCACAGUUCUAAUGACUGGGGGAAUUUAUUUUGUUAGCUGGAUUGCUCUGCCGUCAUCAUUCACAAUUUAUAACUUUGGGUCGCAGAAAGUUGUGAAGCGCUGGCAACUGUCCUUGUGUGUGGGUGUUGGUCUUUGGGCUGGGCUAUUUACUGGGUUUGUCAAUGAAAUUCACACCAAGAACUUCAGUAAUGAUCCUUAUUCCUGCAGAGAUCUCAAACUUGGCGACAGCGUCAGUGUUAGCCUUGGUUCUGUCAGUAUCCCAGUUUUUGCCGCCGUUUGCAUUUUAGUAAGUUCCCAUUUUGCUGGCACGUAUGGAAUUGCUGUGGCUGCCCUUGGGAUGCUAAGUACCAUUGCCACUCGAUUGGCCAUAAAUGCUUAUGGUCCCAUCAGCCACAGUGCUCGAGGUUAUGCUGGAACGGCUGGCAUGGAACACGAAAUUCCUGAUACUGAUGCCUGUGACGCUAGUGGCAAUACUGCUGCUGCCACUGGAAAGGUAUUCCCCAUUGAAUCAGCUGCCCUGGUUUCUAUCGCUCUGUUUGGUGCAUUUGUGAGUCGUCCAGCAAUGUCUUCUGUUGAUGUCCUGACACCGAAAAUCAUCAUUGGUUUGACCAUGGGCGCUUGGCUUCCUCGCUGUUUCUCUGCUAUGACCAUGAAAAGUGUGGGACGUGCACUACGUGAGAUGGCUCCAAAGGUCCGUGAGAAGCUAAAGCCCGGGUUAAACCACAUACCGGUUAAUAACGGACCUGAGUAUUAUGAGGACUUCUUCAAAAAAUCAAGUGAUGCAUCUGUCAGAGAGGUGAUUCUACCUGCCGCCAUUGUCGUGCUUGCACCACUUGUCAUCGGUAUCCUCUUCGGUGUGGAGAUGCUAUCUGGUGUUUUGGCUGGCUCUCUCAGUUCCGUGGUUGAGAUUGCAAUUUCGGCAUCCAACACUGAUGAACCAUGGAAGAAAGUGAACGGGCACAUUAGGGUAUACAGCUGCUCCAACUGCUCGACAUCUGGUGCGCAUGUUGAAAGUGGCGAUUCCCGAGAGGACGCUUCACCCGAAGAUGAGGAACUUGAAAAGAGCAUUGGCGAUUCACAGAAGGACACUUCAGGCCCACCACUCAACAUCCUCAUCCAGUUAAUGGCGGUCGAGUCGCUCGUGUUCGCUCCUUCUUUGCUAUUCACGGUGGUUGAUGAGGGCCUACCUCAGAGGGUACCUCAUCGAUUCAACGUGUGGUUUCGCCAUGGACUCAAUGGGUAUAAGGUAGGUCCCCUUCAAGGUUUUGAUAUCCCCGGCGUUGCAGUCAACGCCGCUCUAGGCGAGGGUGCAACUAACCCUCCUUAUGGGUUGUGGGGGACCUGA